CUGUGGCGACUACAGAAGGUAUUCAGAGACGUUCAUCAUGAUAAAACAGGCCGUGUGUCUGCUGCUGCUAACAGGAUGUGCCGUCGCAUACCCCAAGGUGACGAUGCUGUUCCGGGAGACGGACAGCUACCUGGGCGAGGUGCAAUGCUGCCACGGCAUCUUCAACACUCCGCACUACUACAACGACGUCUACCAGGUGACCGCGCUCUACCUCAGCUCGCACAUCCGCAACUCCUCCAGCUUGGAGAUCGGUCCGGAGCCGCAGAACAUCAGGGUCACCAUGAGCGAGCAGCCGCCCGGAGAGGAGUGGAAGGUGGUCGCCUCCUACAACUACACAGAAGUCGCAGAGCCCCUGCAGCUCCUGAGGAUUCCCAUGAGCUACACCACCAACACGGCCUCCUGGUUCAUAUUCGAGAUCUGGUACGGUGGGGCCCUCACCUACCCUCAGUACUCACCUUUCAAUAUUCCCGUCGCACCCUACAACACCACAUUCAAUUACUACAUUCUUGGCAUGGAUUACGAAUACCUUGGUGUCCCAGUAUAACAGACGAAUUGUGUAUCAGGUAACAAACAUAAGCUACACUCUGUUAUUCAGUAUGUAUCAAAAUCGAAAAUGCUUGCAGAAAAUUAUUGACAAUAUUACUAAGCACUAUUGCAUAUGUUUGUAUUAUAUCUGCUGAAAAUAAACCUUGGAAUGAAGAGUACCAUA